CGGUACAGCACCAGUCUCACAUUGAACAUUGGUGCGUGAAGACGACUUGACGGCCCGUUCAACGGAAACGUACGCGCGAAAACUUUGUUCCAAAUACAAUUUUUAAAUAAAUUCAAUAUAUUGUUUAAAAACUUUUUCAAUCUGUGCUCCAAGAAAUAUUUCUAAUUGCGUGCGACUUUUUGUUCUGUUUAAAAAGUUUCGUGAAUUAAUAUUUUGAUUUGAUUUCUUCGGAUCAUCUUCAUUGAUUUCAACCAUCAAUCAAGAAUGAUCGACCAAAUAUAGAAAACAAUGAUCAAUUAUCAACAACCAUUGAUUAAUUACAAACAUAGUAAAGUGACGGUCAAUUUCUGUGUUCAACAGUAUGAGAAAAACUGAGCUUCACAUAGACACUGAAAACAUAAUAAGAUAUACCAAAUAUGAUAGCAAAACCAAACCUAAAUGGUUUAUGAUGACAAUUUAGGACAAGAAGGAAUUAUGCCGACCGACCUAUGGACAACCGAUAAUCCAGCCGAGAAUGUUACAUUCAGCGCAAUCGACGAUGAAUUCCAAAACAAUACAACGACUGACCCGAUUGAAGACAAAGCGAUUCAAGCAGCUUUCUGUACAGCAUACACCAUUAUUUUCGUAGUAGGAAUCUUUGGGAAUGCGCUAGUAUGUUACGCAGUGAUCAGGAACAGAGCUAUGCAAACCGUCACUAAUCUCUUCAUCACGAACCUAGCAUUGUCUGACAUACUACUCUGUGUAUUUGCAGUACCAUUUACACCACUUUACACUUUCCUCGGUAGAUGGGUAUUCGGUGGACCUCUGUGCCAUAUUAUGCCUUAUGCACAAGGAUGCAGCGUCUAUAUUUCAACAUUAACUUUAACUUCAAUAGCUAUAGAUAGAUUCUUCGUCAUCAUAUAUCCUUUCAAACCUCGCAUGAAGAUCCAAACCUGCAUUUGUUUGAUUGUGUUCAUCUGGGUGUUCUCUCUGUCUGUGACCUUCCCUUAUGGAUAUUACAUGGCCCUCCAAGAUGUGUACUGCGCAGAGAAAUGGCCGUCAGAUCAAAUCCGCAAGGCCUUUGGCGCAGUCACUACAAUAAUGCAGUUUGUAGUCCCCUUCAUUGUUAUGGCGUUUUGCUAUACAUGUGUUAGUAUAAAAUUGAAUGAUAGACUAAAGUCAAGACCUGGGAGUAAGAAUAGUAAGAAGGAAGACGCUGAAAGAGAAAGAAAGAGACGAACAAACAGAAUGUUGAUAGCGAUGGUGGCCAUUUUCGGGUUGUCGUGGCUGCCGCUGAACCUAAUUAAUAUAAGUAGUGACUUUUAUUCAUUGGCAGAAGACUGGAGGUAUUACAUGGUGUUAUUUUUCGUUGCACACUUCAUAGCUAUGUCUUCCACUUGCUACAACCCGUUCCUCUACGCGUGGUUGAACGAAAACUUCAGAAAGGAGUUCAUGCAGAUACUGCCGUGUUUAGGAGCAUUGGUCACUAAGAGAGCUAAGAGGAAAUUCAACCAAUCAGAGAGGACAGGUAUGUUUCGCUCAGAGAAAACUUGUAACGGUAACGAUACCGUACAAGAAUCACUUUUAACUUCCACGGUUAGUAAGAUCCCCUCAGUUAGAUAUAAAAUAGAAUUCAAUGAUAAAUUAAAGGUGUAUGAAGAUGAUGGGGUAGAGAAUAUAAGUCCAGAUGAGAAGCCAGAGGACAACCCGAGUCCUAACGAAGACUGUGUUAAUAUGUAUAUGUUUGUAGAUAAAACUGUAAAUACUUCGGAUAAGGAACCUAUCGUGUCUGCGCUGUAAAUAUAGUGGUAACACGCUGUAGUGAUCUCCGUUCGAAGUAAAAAUAAGGCAGUGUCUACAUUAGUGUUUCGAUCUUUAUAAAAGGACUUUAAACAUAAGGGUUGUUGAAAGUGUGAAUUAUGCCUAAUUUUAUCAUCAUAUUAUAUUUUUUGUAUCAUUUUUGAAUCUAAUUUAUUAAUGCAUGUCAAUAGCUGUUAUAUUUUAAAGACUUAUAGAUAAGAAUGUUAGUCAUGUAGUUCUAUUAUUGUGUAAAAACUUCCUUAUUCAUAUGAAAUAUGAAAUUGCCGUAGUAUAUGUAUGUAAAUAGAGUAUUUAAGUAUACGAAAAAUGUACAGGAUAGCCAAAAACGUAAGUAUAUUGUAAAUACAGUGUUAAACUAAGAAUAAAAGUAUUUACGUCAAUUAUGUAGUUCUAAAAUGAACUUUGAGCCCAUUGACGAAAGUACUUUUUUCUAUAAACGUAUAGUCAUUAGAUAUAGGGUGUUCUAAGUAGAAAUGUGUUAUGCUAAAAAUAUUUUUGUAAUGUAAAAAAAAAAAAAUAUUAAAAUGUAAAUAAUAUGCAAAAUGCCUUGUAAGUAACGUCAAUGGAUAAACUACGUGCAAUUCGCUGUCAUUAUAUUUAAUAAAGUGUA